AGCUUCAGGAACUGCUCCUCACUGCCAGGAUGAGCUCCCCAAGCUCUGCCCCUGAGAAUUCCUGCAGGAUCACCCUUGGACAAGCUCAGCAGGUGAGACCYAAAGUUCCCCUCCUGAGGAUUCUGCAGGCGGCCGGUGCCCAGGGCGACACUUUCACGCUCAAAGAGGUGAUGCAUUUUUUGGGUCAGUACAUCAUGGCAAGGCAGCUCUACGACAAGAGGGAGCAGCACCUCGUGCACUGCGGGGGAGACGCGCUGGGAGAGCUGCUGGGGCUGCAGAGUUUUUCUGUCAAGGAUCCCAGCCCCGUGUACGAGAUGCUGAAGCGGAACCUCACAGCAGCCUCUGUCCCCACAGGUAGGUUGGGCCCUAAAAGGACAAAAAUCCUUUUUCGGGCCCUAAAAGGACAAAAAUCCUUUUUCCUGGACCUGCUGGGUGCUGGAAAUCGGGAGGAAAACUCUGCCUGGAGGAGGAACCGACUUCCCUUCGUGUGCCAGGGGCUCUUCGAGUGCUGGGGCUGCUGAGAAACCCCAAAUUUGGGUCAAAAAUAGGGUUAAAAAGUGUGAAUUUAUGA